CUGCUGCACACUGGGUUUGAAAACGGACAGCAUGGGAUUCAUCUGCGACUUUCAGGACCUGCAGCUGGACAAGCAGUGCUCUGACGCGGCUAAAGUCCGCUGUCAGAAACCCAAGGACAUCACUCCGUCUGCUAAAGGACAAGAAGAGCUUAAAGUGUUGAUCUCCAGGCCUCCAGACGAACCAAAUACCUGCAGAGAGCUCAACUGCUCUCAGCUGUGUGUAGGUAACGGAAGACGCAUCUGCAACGACGGCUUCCGACUGAAAAGGGACGGAGUGAAGUGUGAGGAGGUUCAUUCUUUUCUGUGUCUGGAACACCACAAUUUCUAUAUAUUUUAUAUACGAUAUAUGUAUAUUUUUUUAGACAUAGAUGAGUGCGCUGUGGGGAGCCAUAACUGUGGAGCGGGCUUCGCUUGCGUCAACACACCCGGCUCGUUCUACUGCGACCUGAAGGUUGUGUGCAGAGACGGUUUCACUCUGGACGCUUCCGGAAAAUGCAUCGACAUCGACGAGUGUAUGCUCCUUACCAACCCGUGCCGACGCGGCCAAAGUUGCGUCAACGCCGUCGGUUCUUACGUCUGCCUCGGGAAUCCGGUCGUCUGUCCGCAGGGUCACCGUCCAACCGCGGAUGUCCCUUUCGCCCCAGACGUGGACGAGUGUCUCGUUGCCAACGUGUGCGGCAGCCGCGCCUGCGUGAACCUGGACGGGUCGUACCGCUGCGAGUGCAGAGCGGGCUACCGCUUGAGCAACGUCACCGAAGCCUGCGAAGAUGUAAAUGAGUGCAAGUAUUACUCCUGGCGACUCUGCGGGCACAUAUGAGAGAACACGGAGGGGUUUAAUCUGUUCAGGUGCAUAUCCGGCUUCAAGCUGGCUCCGGACGGAAGGACCUGCGAAGAUAUCAACGAGUGUCUGACCGGCCAUCACAACUGCCCCAGAGGUCAGGUUUGCCUCAACACUGGCUAUAAACUCACAGGCAGCUCUUGCUAAGACAUCGAUGAGUGCGCUUGCGUCAACACGGGCGGCUCGUUCCGCUGCGAGCAAAAGCUGGUGUGCGGAGAUGGUUUCGCUCUGAACGCUGCCGGCGGCUGCACCGAUGUUGAUGAGUGCUCUGCCCACACCAGUCCGUGCCAGCCCAGCCAGACGUGCGUCAACAUGGUGGGCUCCUACAGCUGCCACGCCAAUGCGAUCUCAUGCCCACGAGGGUUUCAUCUGAGCGUGAACGGCACACGGUGUAAAGAUGUGAAUGAGUGUCUGGUUGGCACUAAGUGUGCCAAGCAUGUGUGUGUCAACCUGGAAAGACUGUACCGCUGCGAGUGCAGAACUGGCUACAUGUUCAACAGCGUCACCAAACUGUGCGAAGAUAUGAAUGAGUGUACCCAUUAUCCCGGCCGACUCUGCGCCCACAAGUGUGAGAACACAGAGGGGUCGUACCGAUGUAGCUGCGCAACCGGCUUUAAGCUGGCCUAUGAUGGCAGAGACUGCCAAGACAUCAACGAGUGUGAGGACAAACCCUGCAGCCAGGAGUGCACCAACGUCUACGGCUCGUACCAGUGCUACUGUCACCGCGGUUACCAGCUGAAUGACGUCGACGGGAUGACGUGUGAAGAUAUUGAUGAAUGCACGCUGCCAAACGUAUGUUCUUACCAAUGUGUCAACACGCCUGGUGAUUUUAACUGCACCUGCCCCAGCAGCGGUUACACACACUCGUACGACGCAUGUACUUGUCAGGACAUUGAUGAAUGUGCUGCAGGAACUCAUUCUUGUUCUGCCAAGGAGACCUGCUUUAACGUCCAGGGAGGAUUUCGCUGUCUGUUUAUUGAGUGUCCUCCUAAUUUCAGGCGAGCAGGAAAAAGAUCCGAAGGUAACGCUUCCGCCGUGGUGCGUUGCGUCAAAGCGUGCCAGGAAAACGACGGCAAUUGCGCUCGCGACCCCGUCCGCAUCAUCACCUCCACGGCCCUGUCUCUGCCGACCUUGCAACGCUUAAAGGAGCCGGAGGAGAUUGUGUUGCUGCGGACGUCCGCAGAAGCUAAACAAAAUCUUCUCCCAGACGAGCCGGAUGUGUUUGACAUUUUAGCAACCGACGAGCUACUCUCUUUUGAUGUGAUAAAGGCUGCGCAUGGGGUAAUCCGCCAGAUCAAGCCCGUAUUGGGCCCGAAGGAGCUCGUUCUGGAGGUGACUAUGAAGUAUGUCCAGUCAGGAGUCGUUUCUCAACAAAACAUCGUCCUCAUCCACGUCUUCAUCUCCGAGUUCUGGUUCUGA